GCUAGGCCGCGUUGCCUAGCAACGCGCGGCGCGCUCGGUGACGUCACUUCCGGGGGCCGUGGCGCCUCAGCGCUUCCGGCCGCGCCCGGGGCUGAGCGGGAGCAGCGGCCGGGAACGAACCGGGAAUAAAUCGGGAAUAAACCGGGAACAAACCAGGAACGGGCCAGAAGCCGCCGUGGGAGGACAGAGGGAGGAGGAUGGAGAGCCCCGCCGUGCUGCUGGAAUCCAAGUCCUCCCCCCUCAACCUGCUGAACGAGAUGCAGCAGCUGCGGCUGCUGGGCCACCUGUGCGACGUGACGGUCAGCGUGGAGUACCAGGGCGUGCGCGCCGAGUUCCCGGCGCACAAGGCCGUGCUGGCCGCCACCAGCAAGUUCUUCAAGGAGGUUUUCCUGGGCGAGAAGAGCCCCAGCAGCGUCUUCCUGGACGAGGUGCAGGCGGCGGAUUUCGCCUCCUUCCUGGAGUUCGUCUACACGGCGCGCGUGGAGGUGGAGGAGGACAGGGUGCAGCGCAUGCUGGAGGUGGCCGAGAAGCUCAAGUGCCUGGAUCUCUCCGAGACCUGCUUCCAGCUCAAGAAGCAGAUGCUGGAAUCCGUGCUGCUGGAGCUGCAGAGCUUCUCCGAGUCGCAGAACCCCGAGGAGGAGGAGGAGGAGGAGGGCGGCGCGGUGCCGGAGCGGGAGGAUUCCCCGGAGGCGGCCGAGCCCGAGGAGAAGGGGGAGAAGAAGAAGGAAGCUCCUUACUCCAAGAUCCGGCGGGCCAGCGGGCGGCUGGCGGGCAGGAAGGUGUUCGUGGAGAUCCCCAAGAAGAAAUACACCCGCCGGCUGCGCGAGCAGGAGGAGAGCGCCGAGAGAGCGGAGGACAGAAAGCGCCGCGCCGCCGGCUCCUUCAAGUGCGCCACGUGCCAGAAGGAAUUCCUCUACGAGAAGAGCUUCCUGAAGCACACCCAGCAGAGCCACGGUGCGGGAUCAGCCCCGGAGUUCCGCUGCGAGACGUGCUCGCAGACCUUCGCCAACCGCUGCAACCUGCGCGGCCACCAGCGGCACGUUCACGGCGGCGAGCGGCGCUUCCCCUGCGAGCUGUGCGCCAAGCGCUUCAAGCGCCGCAAGGACCUGCGCCGCCACGCCCUGCAGGUGCACGAGGGCGGCGGCCGCCGCCACCCCUGCCCGCUCUGCGGCAAGGGGCUCAGCUCCCGCACCGCCCUGCGCCUCCACGAGCGCACCCACACCGGCCACAAGCCCUGCGGCUGCCCCCACUGCCCCGCCAAGUUCUCCCAGCCCUCCGCGCUCAAGACGCACCUCAGGAUCCACACAGGGGAGAAGCCCUUUGUGUGUGAUGAGUGUGGGGCUCGUUUCACCCAGAACCACAUGCUCAUCUACCACAGGCGCUGCCACACAGGGGAAAGGCCCUUCAUGUGUGAGACCUGUGGGAAGAGCUUUGCCUCCAAGGAAUACCUGAAGCACCACAACCGGAUCCACACGGGAUCCAAACCCUUCAAGUGUGAGGUUUGCUUCAGGACCUUUGCCCAGAGGAAUUCCCUCUACCAGCACAUCAAAGUGCACACAGGGGAGCGUCCCUACUGCUGCGACCAGUGCGGGAAGCAGUUCACGCAGCUGAACGCGCUGCAGCGGCACCACCGCAUCCACACGGGCGAGAAACCCUUCAUGUGCAGCGCCUGCGGCCGCGCCUUCACCGACAAGUCCACGCUGCGCCGCCACACCUCGAUCCAUGACAAGAACACCCCCUGGAAAUCCUUCCUGGUGAUCGUGGAAGGAGCCUCCAAGAGCGACACGGAGGGGCACAAAACGGAGCUUCCCGACGAGGAGUUCCAGGCGUCUCCCAAAAUCCCUGAGAAGCUGCUGUCCUUCCCAGAGAGCAGCCCCUACCAGGGCCUGGCAGCAGGGCCAGGGAAUGGGAAUUGCAGCACGGACUGCAAGGCUCCAGGAGCACAGGAAUCCCUGCUGGGGGAGCUCGCCGUGCUCCACACGCAGACAGACUCGGGGCAGCCCCAGCUCCACGCCCUGGUUGGUUUUCCAGGGAAUUCAGUGCCACACGGACAAUCAGGAGAAGCAGUUUCUCCGCGACGUUCGCUGCGUUUUCCCCAGUGGAAUUUCAUCCAGGAAAAAUCUGGCUAAAUUUGCUUUUCAGGAAUUGUUGGUUUUUUCUCUGCUUUUGCCAAAGAUCCCAAAGAGUGGGAGCAGCUUUGGAGUUUUGAUCCAGGAGUUUGGAGUCUCUUUGGGGCAGGUGGCAGCCAAGUGCUGCUUCCUUGGUUUUACAAUUCCAUGGAAACCAGAGCAGCCUGGCACUUGGAUCCUGUGCUGGGAAAGGCUUUUCCUGCUCCAUUUUAGCAGACUGGGAUUUGGGGGAUUUCCCCUGGGCAGGGAAGGAGCCUUGGAAUGUUGUCCAGCUGGGCUGACUCCUGGUUUUUUCACAGCAGCAACUCACUGCUACGAUUUAAUGCUUCAAACCUGCAGCUUUUUCCCAUUCCUUUGCCUGUCCCUGUAGCAUUCCCACAGCAGUUCCUCAGCUGAACUUUGGGAAAGGGAAGCACAAUCCAGGCUUGGUGAGAUCCAGCAAUAAAGACACCCCCUCCCCCCACCUGUGGCACAGAGCUAUUUUUUUUGGGAUAAAGGGAUGGGGGAGGCGUUCUCAUGGAAUUCUAAGCUGGAAAAAAGGGAAUUUUUGUACCAGAGGACAUUUCCAAGAGGUUAUAUUUGAGAUAUUUAUUCCUGCUGGAGCUCAGUUAUUCCCAGUGGAAGGAAAGGGGUUGUAGAUGUAUUUAAAGGAUCUGGAGCUGGGGAAUGUUUUGUACUCUGGGAACAUAGGGAAGUGAAUUACUUGUUUGAGCUGUUCCUAAUAAAAUAUGGAAUAUGGAGA